UGAUGAAUCUUUUUAGAAAUCUUUUAUUUGCAUAGCCAAUUCCGGAAUAGUUCUUUAAAAUAUUUUGUAAUUGUCUGUUCAUUACUUCACUGCACGGUCUAUUCACGGCAGCUUAGGCUUGACUCGUGAACGGAGACUGACCCUGAAAACGGGUGAGGCUAAUCCGUUUCCCGUCCAAAGCCAUCAAUGGCGAACCUAAACCCAAAUCCCUUCGCAGAAAUGAACGAACAAGAAUCUGAACAGGGCCAUGGCCAUGGCCGAUCCUUCCUCAAUUACUGGGGCAACACCUCCGAGGAAGACUAUUUCGCAUCUCAACGAAUCAAAGCCUCCAAAUCCUUCUACACUUCACCUCGCGGCUUCAAGCUCUUCACUCGUUCAUGGCUUCCUCUUCCUCCCACCCCUCCUCGAGCUCUCAUCUUCAUGGUCCAUGGCUAUGGCAACAACAUCAGCUGGACCUUUCAAGCCACUUCCAUCUUCCUCGCCCAGAAGGGUUUCGCCUGCUUUGCCCUUGACCUCGAAGGCCAUGGUCGAUCCCAAGGCCUCAAGGCCUUCGUUCCCAAUGUCGACUCUGUCGUUCACGACUGUCUCUCCUUCUUCAAUUUCCUCAAAUUAGACCCCCAAUUUCAGGGUCUACCCUCCUUCCUCUACGGCGAGUCAAUGGGCGGCGCGAUUUGCUUGCUGAUUCAUUUCGCCGAUCCCAAAGGGUUUGAUGGUGCGAUUCUCGUCGCACCCAUGUGCAAAAUCUCCGAUAACGUGAAACCCAAUUGGCCGAUUCCUCAAUUUCUUACGGCGGUCGCGAAAUUUCUGCCCACUUUAGCGAUUGUUCCGACGGCAGAUCUGUUGGACAAAUCCGUCAAGGUGGAGGAGAAGAAGAUUGUGGCAGAGAUGAAUCCGAUGAGGUAUAGGGGAAAACCCAGAUUGGGAACCGUCGUAGAGCUUCUUAGAGUAACAGAGCAUUUGAGUCAAAGACUGAGGGAUGUGACUCUGCCAUUCAUAGUCCUCCAUGGAAAUGCGGAUGUUGUUACAGAUCCGAAUGUGAGCAAGACUUUAUAUGAAGAAGCGAAGAGCGAGGACAAGACGAUCAAGAUUUAUGAGGGAAUGAUGCAUUCAUUGUUGUAUGGGGAAUCUGAUGAGAAUGUUGAAAUUGUUCGAAAUGAUAUUCUUUCUUGGUUGAACGGAAGAUGCCGGACAAGUGUAGAUGGUGAUCGGAAUUAGUAACAAAAUGUAUACUUUUCUGGGAAUUUUUGUUGGUUUUGAGUAUCAAAUUAUUUGUAGAAAGGACGAUAAAAGCUUUGACGAGUUCUUGGCUUGUGGUUACCAUUUUAAUCCGAUCUACGUCAAAAUUGGAAAUAAAAUGGUAUAUUACAAAAGAAAAAAAAAUUAUUUUUUUAAUUCUCGUAGGAAAUACAGCAGCUAAAAUUCGUGAGGAUCCGAAUAAGACCCGUAAGCCCAAGACCCGGAUCCAUUAACUCGAACAUUUUCAACUACCGACUGCCAGCGAUGAGGGGUCGCCGGUACGCCAUUAAUUACUUCGAUUGAAAGCAUUGCAAUCCAUUGCGUGCAGCAAAGAAUCUUGAGAUUCCUUAUCAGAGCCGCAUGGAAGAAGGUUAUCAGAAGGGAAGAUUGGGAGAAGAAGCUUAACGACGUAAGGAUUAGGAAAGAAGACAUGAAUAAAUUGGUAAUGAAUUUCCUCGUCACUGAAGGUUAUGUUGACGCAGCUGAGAAAUUUCGGAUCGAGUCUGGGGCUGAGCCAGAAAUAGAUCUUGCAACCAUUACAGAUAGAAUGGCUGUUAAGAAGGCAGUACAAUGUGGUAAUGUUGAGGAUGCAAUUGAGAAAGUGAAUGAUUUGAA